AUGGCUCCCAAGACCAUCAUUGCUCCCUCCAUUCUGUCAGCUGACUUUGCUCAGCUUGGCCAUGACUGUGCCCGUACUAUGGAGCAAGGCGCAGACUGGCUUCAUGUUGAUAUCAUGGAUGGCCACUUUGUUCCAAACAUUACAUUCGGCCCGCCUGUCGUCGCAUCUAUUCGAGGACACGUCGAUCAGCCCACAGAGGCCCAUGGCCGUGGCACCUUUGAUUGUCAUAUGAUGAUCGCAGAGCCCAAGAAAUGGGUCAAGGAGUUCAAGAAAGCUGGCUGCAACCUCUACUGCUUCCACUAUGAGGCCGCCUUCUCCAGUGCCGCUGAGAGCCCAGAGCAACAGACCGACGAGAAGACCAACCCCAAGGCUCUCAUCCGAUAUAUUCACGAUCAGGGAUUGCUAGCUGGAAUUGCUAUUAAGCCUGACACUUCUGUCGAUGUGUUGUGGGAGAUUCUGGAGAACAGCGAUGAGAAGGAGAGGCCUGAUAUGGUCCUCGUCAUGACCGUAUACCCUGGAUUUGGCGGCCAAAAGUUCAUGGCAUCAGAAUUACCCAAGGUCCAGGCCCUACGAGAAAAGUAUCCCGAGCUCAAUAUCGAAGUCGACGGUGGCCUUGGGCCCAAGACCAUCGACGAGGCUGCCGACGCUGGUGCCAACGUCAUUGUUGCAGGCAGUGCUGUCUUUGGGGCCAAGGACCCCUCUGAGGUUAUCGCCCAGCUGCGACAGGCCGUUGAUACCCGAAGUACAAAGUAA